AUGGUCGGCAAAGAUAAAGCUGUUCGCAACGAUUCUAUAAUUUCUCACGUUAAUGGUAGACAAGAACCUGCAACUCAUAGCAGAAGUGGUCGUGGUAGUGACGACUUUGAUUUUCAAAACAUCCCACCCAUGUCUGUAUCAUCGGAGAAAGGUUCCGGCAUGUCUGGUGCCGUCUUUAAUCUCGCCACGACGGUGAUCGGAGCUGGAAUAAUGGCACUUCCGGCCACCAUGAAAGUUCUCGGCUUGAUCGCCGGAGUUGUUUUCAUUUUCUUGAUGGGUGUUUUGUCCGAAAUCAGUCUCGAAUUGCUCGUUCGGUUUACGCAUCAAUGUAAAGCGACUUCGUAUGGCGAAGUUGUCGAGCACGCGAUGGGGAAACCGGCUCGAAUCGUGUCGGAGAUUUUUAUAAUUUUGAAUAAUGCGGGUGUUUUGUUGGUUUAUUUGAUUAUAAUGGGUGACGUAAUGUCGGGUUCAUCCCGACAUUCCGGAGUUUUGGAACAGUGGUUCGGGAAUGGGUUCUGGGAUGAUCGAAGAAUCGUGAGUUUGAUUCUUCUGAUCAUCUUUCUGGCUCCACUUUGCGCGUUGAGUAAGAUCGAUUCGUUGAGUAUGACCUCGGCUGCGUCGGUGGUUCUCGCGAUUCUUUUCGUCGUUAUCGCUUGUGUCGUCACUUCCAUCAUGCUCGCCGAAGGGAAGAUCGGUUCUCCGAGAUUGGUACCGGAUUUCGGUUCGAAAUCCGCCAUUCUCGAUCUUCUCGUUGUGAUUCCAAUCAUGUCGAAUGCUUAUGUUUGUCAUUUCAACGUUCAACCGAUUUACAACGAGCUCGAAGACCGGUCGCCGGAGAAGAUGAACACAGUGGGAAGAUGGACGACGGUUAUUUGUGUCUUGAUUUACUGGUCGACGGCCAUCGCCGGCUACCUUCUGUUCGGAAAAGAUACAGAACCAGAUGUUCUCACGAACUUCGAUAAGCCAUUGCCGGUUAAAGGAAGUGAAGCUUUGAGUUAUAUCGUUCGAGUGGGUUACAUUUUUCAUCUGAUUCUUGUUUUUCCGGUGAUCCAUUUCUCCCUCCGGCAAACGGUGGAUGCGUUGGCAUUCAAAGGUAAACCGCCAUUAUCGAAGAGUAAGACGAGGUGUUUAGGGUUAACUGGUGCGAUUUUGAUUGUUGUUUACUUGGCAUCUGUUUUAAUUCCGAGCAUCUGGACGGCGUUCAAAUUCACCGGAGCAACCACCGCCGUGUCGUUAGGCUUUGUCUUUCCGUCACUGAUCGCACUGCGGCUGAGCCGCCAUGGACCGGAGGGGCUGAGCAGCCGGGAAAGGGUGUUAUCGUGGUUGAUGUUGAUUCUGGCGAUCGUCGUCAGCGUCGUCGGAGUUGUUGGAAACAUCUACGGCAUGCAAAGCUGA